AUGAAACUAGACACGCUGGAUUCAAAAUUUGAGGCAGAAAUCGAUCUGAUAGAUGAAACUGACUCAGGAACAGAAUCGGUAGAUGAAACAAAAUCGGUGGCGGAUAUUGGUACAGAAACAGGAUUGGAAGACGAGGCAGAAUCGGAGGCAGAUGUCAACACAGAAAAAGUAUGUGAAGACGAAACAUUAUCAGAUGCAGACGCUGGUGUUGAACUAAGAUCAGAGGACGAAGCCGACUUUGAAUCAGAAUUAGAAGACAAGACAUUCUUGGAGGAAAACGUUGGUGUAGAAACGAUAUCAGAAGACGAAGCUAAUGCUGAAACCAUUACGGAGGAAGAAACAUUGUCUGAGACAGAUGCUGAUAUUGAACCAUAA